GAUGCGAAUAACUGAGCCGUACAUGGAGAAACCGCUUCAAACUUAACAGCUAUGCGCAAAUAUAGAAAUAUUUAACAGUCAGAAAACGCGUCACUCGGUUUGACAGCACGGGGAAAUAUUUAGUAGCUCAGGAGGCUGAAUAUUUGAGCUCAGUACGGCACAGUAACUGAAGCUGUUCACCAUGAAAGCAGCUAAAAGCAAGGUGGUGACAUCAGGGAGGCUGACAGGAGAGGGCAAAGGGCCGCCAGCCAGGAGACGUAGAGUUCCUCCAAAUCCAGGACCAGCAGCCCGCCCUGAGCCCGCCUACUCCCUGUACUCUACAGACUCCGAGGACCAGGUCACCUCGCUCCACAAGGGUCUGGACCGCUGUGCCGCCCUGCUUGGUGGCAUCCUCCAGGCUGAGAACACAGAAGCCUUGCCAGGUGUUCCCAGAGCAGUGAAGGGUGGAGCAGCUAAAUCAAGACCAUCUACGUCGCUGGGGAAGAAGACCAUCAAGAAGCUACCUACAAAGACAGUGGGUCGCACGCACAACACGCCAGACCUGAAGAGCCGUCAGCCAGUCCAGCGUGGAUCGGGCAGCACCACCCCAAAAACAGCUCAUCAGUUUGCUGCUCCAGCUGCACACUCGGGAGUGAAGCUCCAUCCAUCUCGCAAACAUCCCGCCACCCCGCUGCGGUCUCACCUCCCUCCAUCACCCGGCCAAACCCUGCAGCACCUCCCAACCACCGCCGCCACCCCUCCACCUCAACCUGACAGCCAGGCUGCUCCUGAACCUCCACACACACACCAUGAGGCAGAGUGUGACGGAGAAGAGGAGGACUUUGUUCCUGUGAGAGACGUGAACGCCCACAGCAGUGCCGCAGACACACACACGGCCGUGUCAGUCACGCAGCUGGAGCCUGGACAGAACCAGGACUCAGACAGCAGUGCAGAGACGGAGGAAGUGAAAGUCAAGACAGCUCAGUAUCUGCUGGGAGAACUCAAGGCUCUGAUCGCUGGACAAGGCAGUGUAGCAGAGCGACUGCUCAGUCACCUGGAGCACACUGUGUCUUCAUCACUGAUAAAUGUUGGUGGUUCGAACAUCCAGACUGAACCAGACGUGUCGUCACUGCACAGCGAGAACACUCAGCUCCGCAGGCGUGUGAGGAUUCUGAACCAGCAGUUAAAGGAGCGGGAGAAAGCAGAGAGGGGACAGAACAUGGAGACGCUGUGUCACUCAGAGGCGUCGACUCUGCAGGAGGAGCUCACGAACGCUCAGGCACGUCUGCAGGAGCUCCAGGAUGACCUCACAGAGCUACGGAAAGCCUUUCAGGGCACACAGAGCCAGCUGACGGACAGAGAGAAAGAGAAUGUGCUCCUCAAAACAGACCUGGAGGCCACUAGAAGCAAGUUGUUGGACAGUGAACGACAGAAGACUGAGUUGGCCGCACUCGCCCAGCAAAGACUGGAAGAGAUAGGAAACCUUAAAAGGAUUCUUCAGAGUCAGGAUUCAUCCAGUCGUCCUCCAGUUGUUGACAGCUCAGUGUCAGACACCAUGCCAGCUAAACAGGAUCCAGCAGAGCCGCCCACUGAACGCAUCACCCAGUUCCUCCUGUCUCUGGGCGAGCUGGAGCCCUCACACACUGAGCAUGUGUUUGUAGCCGCGGAGAGAGAAGACGACACACUACAGGAGCUGAGAGACACAUUAUCACAUCCUGAUGUCAGAUCUCAGCGAGGUGACAAACCUCAUCCCGACCAGUCACGUUGUCUGGAUGGAGUCCAGUCCUGUGGGCGGCGGCAGGAGGAGCUGUCUCAGUGUGACGUGGAGUCGGUGUGGUCUGAUUGGAGCAUGAGGUCAGGGUCAACCUUCACCAGCAGAGACGAGGCAGCGUUCAGAGACGGCCUGGCAGCUCUGGAUGCCAGCAUCGCCAGCCUGCAGAAGACUAUUCAACUUGAUCUGGGGAGGUGAUGCACACUCAGCUUUGAUAUCUGUAUGAGAUAUGUUGUAAUGCACACAUUCUAUUGUAUUCUACAUUUGGGAUGAUUUUAAUAAGUGAUAUUUCAGAUGGAAAAUAAAGCACAUUU